AUGAGCUUCUCACUCACCUUCACGGAGCUGGUCAACAUGGCCAUCCCGCAGGGCGGCAUCAUCAACUUCAAGGCCCUGCACAUGGUGCUGCAGGGCAUCCUGGAGCACAUCCACAUGGCCGACCUCAAGAAGGCGCUCACAGGCGACGAGGACUUCCUGCAGACCGCGGGCGUGGCGUUCGUGCCCCGGGAGGGCGACGCCCAGCCCAUGCUCAGCCCCACCAAGAGGAUCGGCAACGUCUUCGACCACGUGGUGGGCCGCAUGGACAGGAUAGAGAGCCAGCUGGCUGCCCUGCAGGACCUGCCCUCCACCGUGCAGCUGCUGGAGGGCAGCCACGGCUCCGGCAGGCCCGCCGAGGGGCUGUGGCACCUGAUCAAGCUCCGGAAGAUGGUGGAGGGCAACGAAGAAGCCCUCGCCAAGUCCAUGAAGACGCUGCAGGACCUGCUCACCGACAUCUACGCACUCAAAGUCUCCGUCGAGACCCUCAGGAAGGAUGUGGACAUGCUGAAGGGCAUUUUUGAGCAGAUGCACCCUGAAAAGGUGGAUGGUAUCUCCAAGGACUUGAGGUUGCAGCAUCAGAAGAUGAAUGCCCUGCAGCGGGAGGUGACAUCUCUGCAGAAUAAAGUGCUCUGCGCCCCCAAUGCCGAGGACACGGUACUCUGGAGCAGCCUGCACGACGCCAUGUUCUCUCCAGUGAGUGCCUGGGGGGCAUGGGGGCGCCCUCCAGGCACCCAGAGACCCGCUCACCCAGACUCCUUUCUGGUGGGGCUUCUCUGCAGAGAAAGUCACAACCCCUGCAGGACUCAGAGCUGUGGAAGGUCGCUGAAGAAAUCCAGAAGGAAAGCCCCCAGCAGGUCACCAAACUGGCAGUUGAAGCCAGAGCUGCUGGCCAGUCCCAGGAGGCCAUCCGGAGGUCCCACCCCCUGCACACCAUUGGACAUAGUCCUGAGGGAGCCGGGCCCACCCCAGGAGCCGGGCCCGCCCCAGGAGCCGGGCCCGCCCCAGGAGCCGGGCCCGCCCCAGGAGCCGGGCCCGCCCCAGGAGCCGGGCCCGCCCCAGGAGCUGGGCCCACCCCAGGAGCCGGGCCCGCCCCAGGAGCCGGGCCCGCCCCAGGAGCUGGGCCUGCCCCAGGUGCUAGAGCCUGGACCUGGACCCUUCGUGCCUGGACUGAGGCCUGUGCUGGGGCCCAGCCUGGCACCCGGGUUUGUGACGGCACCUUGGCCUGUUCUCAGACCUGGGCCUGCCUUUGGGCCUGGGCCUGUCCCUGGGCCUGGUUCGGCCUUUGGGCCAGGACCGGCCUUCGGGCCAGGACCAGCCUUGGGACCCGGGCCAGGACCGGCCUUCGCACCCGGGCCUGUCCCAGGGCCUGGUUUGGCCUUGGGACAGGGACCGGCCUUCGCCCCCGGGCCUAUGCCUGGACCCAGGCCUAUGCCUGGACUUGCAUCUGCCCCAGGCGCUCAGCCAACGCCACCAGGCUUCUGGCCUAUGCCACCAGGAGCCUGGUCCCCCAGAGGCUUCUCUGCAGCUAGCCGUUGGCCCUUUUGGGGCACAGACAACUUGUCCGGCCCGCCUGGCCAGCCCCCGAGUGCCAGGGAGCCUCGUGGGCCUGCUAGGCCAGGGCCCCAGUCUUACCAGGUGCUCACGGAAAAUGAGCAAGACUCCCCCCAAGAGGUCGCGAGACUCCCUCAGUAUGGCGCCUCCAGGGAUGGGGCUCCCGGGGACGGGGCCCCCAAUGCGUUCCUUAAGGGUGAACCACCUUCCCUUAAACGGCUAAAAACCUCGGCUUCCAUUGCCGCGGCCGCCGCCGCCGCCUAUGCCGCGGCCGCCGCCGAGGCCGCCGAGGCCGUCAGGGCCACCGUCAGGCUCGUGCAGGACGUCCCCGCCACCAAGCUGGCCACGAGGGCCACCACCGAGGCUGCGUCCGGGCCCCUGGGGGUCUUUGCCGAAGAGCUGGGCGCAGGGUCUUCGCGCGGGGCCACUCAGAACCUCAACAAGGCCGUCCAGGUGGAGGACCUGUCGGAGGGGGACUACGAGGACCUCCCGCUGCUCUACGUGCCGCCCCCCUCCGAGCCGGGCCUGGCGCAGGCCAUGCUGGCCGCCAGCCAGGCCGUGACGCCCGAGGAGAAGAAGGACGCCGUCAGGCAGUCCAUGAGCCACAUCGCCCAGAUGCCCGCCCGGCACGACUCGCUGAAGGAGGAGCUGGCCCAGCUCUCGUCCAGGCUGCUGCAGCGCCUCAACUACCUGUCGGACAUCAGAGCCUCCUCCAGGCUCGGGAUGACAGUGGACAUGCUGCAGGACAAGGUCGGCGAGCUCCUGAAGUCCAGGAUGAAGGAGGAAGAACUGGAGAGGGUUUGGGGCCACCAGAUCGAGGCCAUGAAGGACCACUACACUGUGCUGAACAAGUCGGUGGACAGGGUCCAGAUUCGCCUGGAUGAGUUAAAGGGCAUCAAGGCUCAAAUAAGAAAACUGGACAUGAACAAGGUGGACAAGAAGCUGGUGGAGAAGGAGCUAAGUGAGAAAGCCGACAGAAGCACCCUGGCAGGCAAGGCGAACAGGGUGGACCUGGAGGCGGUGGCAACCGAGCUGAAUGAGCUCGUCCAGAGCCUGCUGCUCAAGGUCCUGGGCUACGAGGACGGCUGGAAGAAGGCCCUGGAGCGGCUGAGGAAGGACCUGGAGGCCAAGUUGGCCCAGAAUGACCUGGACAGUCUGCGGGUGGAGCUGGAUGAGGUCUGGAUGGUGAUGCGGAAGCUGCUGCUGGACAGCAUCCGAUUUGACCCCGACAGAAUUGCCGGCUUCCGGAAGAAACUCUUCGAGCGGGUGAAAUGCAUCUCGUGCGACCGGCAGGUGGACUUGAUGUGCAGCCCGCAGCUCAUCACCAUCCGCAAAGCCCAGCUGCUGUCCAGGCCCCGACCGGCCAGCGCCAACAGCUACGAGUACCUGCAGCGCCAGCAAAUGAGGGAACAGCAGCAGCUGCGGCAGCUCCAGGACCUGGGGCGGCAGCAAGGGAACCUGAAAAUCCCGGACUCCCCGCAGGACUGGGGUGACGGCCCUGCCAACGACAGCCACCUCAAGGCCAGGUCACAUGACUUGGCGACAUUGUACCCCUACGGGGAACCCCAAGUGUUGGACUAUGACAGCGCCGAGGUGGACCUUCUGGGCGUGGACGGGAUCCUGUACAAGGGCCGGAUGAGUGACCAGGAGGGGGUGGCCGGCGCAGAGAAGGAGCUGGCAGGUGAGGCCCAGGCCUGCCCGGGUGACCCGGCCAAGGGGGCGGCGUGGGAGGCCCAGAGCCACACUCACCGCUGGGCCCCGCCCUGCAGCGCCCUGUCCCGCCCUGUCCCGCCUCCGCUUGGGCCAGAAGCAGACCAAGAGCCCCCCCGCUGGGCGGCGCAAGUCUGGCCCGAGGGCGGGCGGGGUGCUGGGGAGGCUGUGAAGGCCCCGCACCCCCCACUGAGAGGCCUGGAGGACCGUUCCCGCCACACCUCCUCGCUGGGCGCCUUCUACUCCUCCCUGCACCCCCACACCAGCGUCCGCUCAGCCACCUCGGGCCUGUACCAGACCAUGCCAGCUCGGCCUCCGUCUCUGCCGCCCCUGAGUCUGCUGCCUCGGCUGACGCCAGCCCUGCGGGACCCCCUGCGGGACCCCCUGCUGGCCCCAGGCCCCGCCAGGCAGCCCCGGCCCCUGCGCCCGGAGUCCCAAGCCAACACCCAGCCCAGCGAGGAGCCCAGCAAACUGUGA